AUGAAUUUCAAUUCUGCUUGUUGAUUGUGUGUAGUGAAAAUUUGAGAUUUUUUUUCUUCUUUUUUUUGGUGUUUCCUUUUGUACUAAUUAUCAUGUUUGGCCAUUCUCUUAUGAGAUUUGAUACUUUGAGUUUUGCUCAUAUAUUUUGAUGAUAGAGUUUUCUUAGUUCUUACAAUAACAAAUUUUUAUUUGGAUUACGCACUAUGUUGUAUACUCAUUAUGUCCACGAAAAUCAUAGUGUUGUUUGGGAGCAAUGGGUUAAAUAAAUUGUCACAAGAUGUGUAUAAAGUGGGGGAAAGAGUCCCAUUAAUUUUUGUUUUAUUUUUUGAGGAAAUGACCCAUUAAAAUUGAGCUGUGAAAGAGAUCUACUAUAUUUGAUAGGUUAAGUAAUUGGCUUUUUUUAUAAAUACUAACAGAGAUGACGUGUAUUGAAGAUAAAUUAUUUUAAUAAAUAAUUUUUUAUGAGUAUAAUCAAUUUCUCUCUUUCUCUCUCCAAGUUAUCAGCACAAACAAUGGAAGGAGAAGCUGCUGCCGCCGUCCUUCAAACUCUAGUUCAAAACCUCAUCGACCUUUGCAAGAAAGAGAUCUCUCAGAUCCGAGAUCUCGACAAAAAUGCAGCAAAGCUAGCUGGGAAUCUCGACAUGAUCAAAAAUUUCUUGAAUGAUGCCGAGACGCGUACCAUCACCAGCGGUGCUAUCAAGAACUGGCUGAAGAAGCUUGAAGAUAUGGCGUUUGAUGCUGACAAUGUUUUGGAUGAAAUCAACUAUAAUAUUCUCUCCAAACAAAUCAAGCCCACUGAGCCCGAGGAGGAAAAGGUACCAUCAUGCUUCUCACGCCUCUCAUGCUUCUCAUGCUGCAAGAAUCUUUCACGUUCUCGAAAUAUGGCUCUUACAAUCAAAGAAAUCAAUGAGAAUUUGGAAUCCAUUAACAAAGAGGCCGCCAACCUUGGCCUCGUAGAGAAGCUUGCCAAUGAGCCCACUUUCGUUAUUGCUUCUUCGGAAACUGAUUCAUUCAGUGAUGAUCCAAUUUUUAUUGGAAGAGAUGAUGUUAAGUUGGAAAUAGUUGAGAAGCUUACAAAUAACAUCACAACUGAUGAACGCAAAGUUUCCAUUAUUUCCAUUGUCGGGAUGGGGGGACUGGGGAAGACGACAUUGACUAGGAAAGUCUUCAAUCAUCUUAAGGAUGAGACUCGGUUUGGAUCACAUAUUUGGGUGCAUGUUUCCCCACAUUUUGAUGCAAUAACUCUUUUGAAGAAAAUUCUCAAAGAGUUGACCGAUCAAGUUGAAGGUGAGAGUAAGCAAGAUAUUCUUUCAAAGCUUCAACAAGCUUUGAAAGAUAAAACUUAUCUUCUUGUACUUGAUGAUGUAUGGAAUGAAGAUCUUUCUAUAUGGGAAGAUUUUAUGAAAUCCUUGUUGGGAGUUAGUUGUGUCAAGGGAAAUGCCAUUGUUGUUACCACCAGAAGUAUGCAGGUUACUUCAAUUGUGAAACCAAUUCAUACACAUGAGUUGGAAGGCUUAUCAGUGGAAGAGUGUUGGUCGAUAAUCGAAGUAAAAACUUUUGGAGAAGGAAACGCUCCAUCAGAAUUUGAGACUAUUGGGAAAAGGAUUGCAAGAAAAUGUCAAGGUUUGCCAUUAGCUGCCAACGUAGUUGGGGGAAUACUGAGCAAUCAAUCUGAUGAGGAAAAAUGGCGUUCAAUAGAGGAGAAAUGGCUUUCAGCCGAUGAAGGAGGAGAUAAUAUCACAAAUAUAUUAAGACUGAGCUUCGAUAAUUUGUCUUUGCCAUCACUUAAGAAGUGCUUCGCAUACUGUGCGAUGUUUCCUAAAGGCUCCAAAAUCAUGAAAAGGGAACUGAUUGAGAUGUGGAUGGCAGAAGGUUUUCUUGAAGCUGAUGGAAGGGAUGACAUGGAGUCCGUGGGCGAAAAAUUUAUCAACGUUCUUCUUCACAACUCUUUACUGCAAGUUUCAGAAAGAGAUUAUUACGGAAAUUCUUCACAACUCUUAGGCAUGCACGAUCUUGUGCACGAUCUGGCUUGUUCUGUUUCAAGUUCCUCUAACAGUACAGGUGGUAGCAGCCGAGUUCGAUACAUGAUUGUCGGAGACAACUAUUGUGGAGACGAAUCAAGUGGAGACAAAUCAAAAGAAAUGGCAAAAUAUUUGCGAACAUUGUUAAUAUCAUUCAGUGGUAGUAGUUCUGGUAUCAACUUCUCAGACUUGGAAAGUUUGCAUGUUUUACGUCUUGAGUCUGGAUAUCAAGUUAAAGAGCUGCCAAGUUCGAUUCAAAAGUUGAUACAUUUGAGAGAUUUUGACAUUUCAAAGACAAGUAUUGAAGUUUUGCCGGAUUGGAUUGGUGAAUUCUUUCACUUGCAGACGUUGAGAGUAGACUCAUCAGAUUUCAGAAUUAGGAGAAAACUGCCAAGUACGAUUAAGUACUUGAUUAACUUGAGGCAUCUUUAUAUUGAUUACAAUGUAGAGUAUUUGCCUAUGGGAAUUGGGAGAUUAACUUCUCUCCAAACGCUAAAGUACUUUCCAGUGGGCGACGAGAAUGGCUGCAAAAUUGAAGAGCUCGGAAGUUUGAAUAAUCUUAAAGGAGAGCUAUGGAUUUGGAAUCUGGAAAGGGUUCAUGACAAGGAAGAGGCUUGGAAAGUCAAUUUAUUCAAAAAGUCAAAAAUAUUGACCUUGUGUUUGGAAUGGGAUAGAUAUGGCAGAAGAGAAGGUGAAAGAAAUGAUGAGGAUGUAUUGGAAGGCCUUCAACCUCACUCAGAUCUGAGGGAGUUAAAGAUUUCCAAUUACAAAGGCAAAAGAUUUCCAUUAUGGACUGAGAAGAUGUCAGUUCGAGAUGCGCCUCAAGGCUCUUGGGUGCUACUUAACAACUUAAUGUCAUUAUCACUCAUUUGCUGCAAUGAAUGUGAAGAGAUCCCAAUGUUGGUGCACUUGCCCAAUCUCAAGUCCCUUGUGUUGGGAGGAUGGAGCAAUUUGAAGAGUAUAAAUUCAUCAUUCUACGGAAUGGUGAACAAGGACACACGCAUUGUUUUUCCAGCUCUCAAGAGGUUGGAAUUGAAAUACAUGCCUAAGCUGGCAGAGUGGGCAGAAAUAGAAAUUUCGGAUGGAAGUGAAGUCAAGCUAUUUCCUCGCCUCCAAUGUUUGGAAAUUUAUGUUUGCCCGCAAUUGAUGAGUGUUCCAAGUCAUGUCUCGUCAUGUCUUGAAUAUUUGUCAAUUGAUGGAAUCGGUGUGGAAUGUCUGCCAGCUGAUUGGUUAUUGAGUAACAGCGAGACUCUCUCUUAUUUGGAAAUAAGUUCGUGCCCGAAUUUGAGAGAAAUAUCAGAUAGGUGGGGAGAAGAAGAAUCAGAAGGAAGAAGCUUCACAAUCACAUCCCUCCCUAUAUUCCCUCGUCUAAAAUUUUUGUAUAUUAGAGGCGUUCCUAAGUUGAGUUUGGAGACUGUGGAUGCAAUGCGGCGCCUCGAAGUUAAUGGAUACAAACGCAUUGACCAUGACGGUGAAGUUAAACCUGAAGAAACUGAAAGGAACCAAGUGAAACAGUAGAAAAUGAAACGAGGAAACCGUGCAUGCCUCUAAAGAAUAAGAAGGUGAAGCAAGCGAUCUAGUGAAGGAAUAAUGAGUAUGAUUCUAAAGCCAUGGCAGAGAUAGGGGAGCUUCUGAGGAGCAUGGAGACAAGGCGGAAGAAUAAGAAUGAUGACAGUGUAGUUGUUGAGUCUGAAGAGAAGGAUGAUGACAAAAAUAAUUCAGACAACAAUGUUGAAGAUGAAGAUAGUGAAACAGAGGAUUCAGCAGCUGUGGAAGUUGAACCCAAUCCCAGCAACCAAUGAAAGAAUGUUGAGCAUAUCAUAUUAUAACACAGCAAAGUUUCAAUUUGCAUCACCAUUUGAAUCUUGCAAGUAAGUUCUAACUGGCAGGACAGGAUAUUUGGUUUUACUUUAUCAAUUGCAUGUUUUUCCUUGUUUUUAUAAACAGAUGAAAGUAGUAACAAGACUUCAUUUUGCAUAGACGAAAGUAGUAAUGAAACUACAAUUUGAAUU